UCGAACAUUAUAGUAAAACAUUUAUUUUGAAACCGGAAAUGCUUCUUCCACCUUCCUGGAGUGGAACUCGUAACACACGUGGAUAACAGAGCUCAGCAAAACAGGACUUUACGUUGAAUAACUUUAUAAACAGCCGCAAUGAAAGGGAAAGAGAAGCAGCUACGAGAGAUGACGGUGUCAAAGAAGAAGAACAUGGCGGCGAGCAGCAGCAGCGAUGAUGAAGAAGACUCCGACGCAGAGAGGAACUACGCUCUGCUCACUGGAAAAGGAGCAAAGUGGGCGGAGCCAGGAGUCAGCGAUGAGGAUGAAGGGGCGUCUGAUGGCGGUGCAGAGGAGGAAGGAGGCGAGGAGGGAUCAGAUGACGGCGAGGAACCGUCUAAUAGGGACGAAGAAGAAGAAGAGGACGACGACGACAGCAACGCCUCAGAGGACGACGUGGAUGGCGAUCCGGAGGACGCCGGCGGUAGCGGUGAGAUCCAGACGGAGCACGACAUUAAGAAAGAGCUCUCCAACAUGUCCUUCGAGGACAUCAUGAAGCUGCAGAGCCAAGUGGGGACCAAAGCUUACAACAAGCUGGCGUACGGCGGCGGGAAGAGCGGCGGCAAGAGCCGAGGCGCCACCAAAAAGAAGCGCCUGAACAAGAACAGGCCGAUGGAGAUUUCAUCCAAGAGACGGGCUCCCUUCCUCCGUCAGGUCGUCUCCGUCAAGAAGCCGAUGCAGCGAGAUCCCCGAUUUGACGACCUGUCGGGAGAAUACAAACCGGAGAUUUUUGAGAAGACGUUUAAAUUCAUCAACGACAUCAAGCUCAAAGAGAGAGAGAUCAUCGAGAAGAAGCUGAGGAAGUCGAAGAACAGCGAGAACAAGGAUAAACUUGAGUUCCUCCUGAAGAGGAUGGACAACCAGGAGCGAGCGAGGCAGCGCCAAGAGCAGCAGAGAGAGAGAGAGCUGCAGUUCAAGAGGGAGCAGAGAGAACGAGCCAAUCAGGGCGAGCGGCCGUACUUCCUCAAGAACUCUGACAAGAAGAAGCUGCAGCUGGCCGAGAAAUUCCAGGAGCUCAAGAAGAGCGGCAAGCUGGAGAACUUCCUGAGCAAGAAGAGGAAGAGGAAUGCUGGAAAGGACCGCAGGAAGCUGCCCAGACAGCUGCUCAACAGCAGCGGCCAGGGAAGCUGGAUGGAAUGAGACUGUAAUGACCCGCCCCUGCCUGCUGGUGGCGCUGUGGUCUGUUCCACGGAGGACCGAGAUCUCUGGUGUCAGAGUUAAAUGACCUUUUUAUUGUAAAAUAUUUCCGGACUUCCCAUCGCCUCUCACGGGCCUUUGUAGGAGUGUUGUUUGCUCGGUUGCCAUGGAGAUGGCUGCGAAUAAAAUAAGCAAAGACCGAAGAUGGAUUUUCUGCCUGAAGAAAUGGAUCAAACGAUCCGUCGCCUGGAAGCAGGAAAGUGCAGAUAAACAAUGGUCUGUUUGUGACGUUAAAUCUGUUCAGUUGAUUUUUUUUUUUUUUACCUCAAGGGGUUUAAAGGCCUUUUCAGGCCAAUUCAUUUUAAAAAGACAUGGAUAAUGAGUCACAUUUGACCGAAUUCUUAAACAAUCAAACCAUCUCAGCUGUGAUGCAGAUUAAAAUGAAACACCAAGUUUCCCUUAGUGUCCGAUAGAGGGACUUUAUUAAUAAAGUGUUUGAGAACAGAA